UCUCUCUCUCUUUCUGACAAGAAGGAGUCAGUUGCCUGGAGAGCGGUGAGAUGUGAGUGUUGUUUGUUAGUUGGUCAGAUUUUAAUACACAGCCUUUAAUUACUCUCUCUCUCUCUCUCCUCAUGUCGCUAGUAGAAAGAAACCUCUGUGUCCAGCAACAUGCCAAUCUCAAACCCCUGCAAUUUUCAGAGCUCAUUUUCAGACCUCAUACACUCCCAAACUCAUUGCUUCCUUCCUUGCCUUCUUCUCAAGAAUUCCUUUUUGGGGCUUUCCAUAAACUUCCUCCUCAUUGCUUGUCUCUCUCCAUUUUUGGGUCUUCUUUAAUCUAACCUCCCCUUUUUCUUAUUUCUUCAAAUCAUCAAUCUAUUAUCACUUAAUUUAUAUGUUCAUUAUUUUACUACUACUGUUUAAUUCUCUUUUCAUCGUUAAGGAGGUUGGGAUUAAGAGAGAGUAUUGAGGUUUUGGAGUACUAUAUGGAAUGGGUUUGGCUCUGCAAGUGGUUUGCUUGGUGGUGAAACUGUUCGCCAUUGCUGUUGCUUUGGUUGUUCAAAGAUCUGCAGGGUACGAAAUUUCUCCAUCUCCAGCAACUUUUUCUGCAAUUCCUUCUAUCCAAGAACAGUCCCCCGGUCAUGCUCCUCGUGGAAAGAGAAGCAAUGCACCUAGUGCAAAGAGAAGCAAUGCACCUAGUUCCGAAUCUCAAUCAAAUGGAUCAGUUCUACACCCUCCGUCUGUGUUAGUACCCCGCAAGUCUACACCAUCACCCCAAACAGUGAAAGGAAUUGCACCAUCCUUGUCACCAAGUACUCCUACAGUUCCGCCGCCAUACAGUUCUGUUCCUCCUCCCUUAACUUUUCAUGGAAUUGUACCAUCCCUGCCACCAAGUGCUCCUGAAAAAGAGGAACCAAAAAGUAAAAAUCCCAUCUCUGUGCCAGUUACUCCAGCUGCAUCACCUUCAAACAAAUCCACACAAAAGCCACCAACCAUCCACCCAAUUAUGCCAGGAUCGAUGCCACCUAGUUCUCAUCAAAUCAAAGCGCCAGAUAGUAAGGCUCCUCUUUCUAUGCCAAUUGCUCCAGUACCAAAUGCCCUAGUGCCAAAGAAAAUGCCACAGAAUCUACCACCAUCCAGGAAGCCAAUCAUGCCAGGAGUACCACCAUCCAUUUUUCCUGUGCCUGUUGCAUCACCUCCAAGCAAAUUGCUGCGAAAUUCACCAACCACCCACCCUACAAUUCAUAAAGAACCUCCAUCCAAUUCACCAGUGCCUGUUGCAUCACCUCCAAGCAAAUUGCUGCGAAAUUCACCAACCACCCACCCUACAAUUCGUAGAGAACCUCCAUCCAAUUCACCAGGAUACUUCGAAGAGACGCAUAUCCAUAUCAUAGUUGUUGAUAUGCCUGUUGCAUCACCUCCAAGCAAAUUGCUGCGAAAUUCACCAACCACCCACCCUACAAUUCGUAGAGAACCUCCAUCCAAUUCACCAGUGCCUGUUGCAUCACCUCCAAGCAAACUGCUGCGAAAUUCACCAACCACCCACCCUACAAUUCAUAGAGAACCUCCAUCCAAUUCACCAGAACCUGAUGUUCCUCCUGUAUUAGCUCCUCCCAAAAGAAUCAACGGGAAAAGUGAUGGCAUGCCUGUUGCUGCACGUCCAAAUGAAACACCCAAUCAUUUUUCACCAGUGAACCCUUCCCCUACAAAAGCUCCUUCCAUGCACAAAGCCUUGAGGCACUCUAACAAUAUUGCUCCUCCUCUUUCAUCACCGAAGUCUCCUCUGGAUAUAGGGUCACAUUCUCCUGCAUCUUUACCUUCAACCUCAUUUCAUAAGCAUCAUCAUGCAAAGAAUAAUUUCACCAAUACUGCUCCAUCAUCAGUUAUGCCUCCUCCUCCUCCUGCUUCAAGUCAGCAAGAUCCUAUCAUCCCACCAGCUCCUUCAUAUCCUUCCAAAACACAUCCAAAGAGUAGGCUAAGGGACCAUGCUCCUCCACCCAUGAAUCCAGAGAGUCAUGUUUCACCUGCACCCUCACCAUCUUCAACAGCUCCAUCUCGACAAACGAAAUUUCCCUUUCUUUCCCCUAAAAUUUCUCCUUCUGGGUCUUCACCAAAGAAUCCAAAGAUGCCACUAUCACCACCAAUUCAAGCAUUACCGCCUCCUCCUCCUAAUGAAGAUUGUUCAUCGCUAACAUGCACGGAGCCAUUAACAAACAAUCUUCCAGGAUCACCCUGUGGUUGUGUCUUGCCCAUGCAAGUUGGACUACGAUUAAAUGUAGCAUUGUAUACCUUCUUCCCUUUGGUUUCAGAGAUUGCUCAGGAAAUUGCUGUUGGGGUUUUUAUGAAGCAAAGUCAAGUUCGCAUCAUGGGAGCAAAUGCAGCUAGCCAAGAUCCAGAGAAGACAAUUGUCCUCGUUGAUUUGGUACCUCUUGGAGAUAAAUUUGAUAACACAACAGCAUAUUUGACAUUUGAGAGAUUCUGGCACAAACAAGUAGCAAUAAAAACUUCACUUUUUGGUGAUUAUGAAGUAUUGUACCUGCGUUAUCCUGGUCUUCCCCCCUCUCCACCUUCAAGCAUUAAUGUGAUAGAUGGUGGACCGAAUUCUGGGCAGGGCAAUAAUGGGACGACCAUACAGCCCCUAGGAGUUGAUGUGAGGCAGUGGCAGCAUAAAGAUGGGCUUGGUGGCAGUGUUAUCGCCAUCAUAGUUUUGUCAGCAUCUAUAGUUGUGAUUUUAUGUUGUGUUAUUGCAUGGGUUAUACUGUUCAAACAUAGGGACUUCCAAGAAGAGCCGACUCCUUUGGCUACUCUACCGUCCCUAUCAAAGCCGUCAGGGAUUGCUGCUUCUAUGUUUGGAAGUUGGCCUAGUUCUGCUUCAUUAUCAUUUGGAUCUAGUGUUGCAACUUAUGCUGGAUCUGCUAAGACCUUCAGUUCAAGUGACAUUGAGAGAGCCACUAAUAAUUUCAAUGCUUCAAGAAUACUAGGUGAAGGUGGUUUUGGUCGUGUUUAUAGUGGUGUUCUUGAAGAUGGGACAAAAGUGGCUGUCAAGGUUCUUAAGAGAGACGAUCAGCAGGGAGGUCGUGAAUUCAUGGCUGAAGUUGAAAUGCUUAGCCGCCUUCAUCACAGAAACUUGGUCAAGUUGAUAGGUAUAUGUAUAGAGGAGCGCAGUCGCUGCCUAGUUUAUGAACUCAUUCCAAAUGGCAGCGUGGAAUCUCAUCUACAUGGCGUUGACAAGGAAACUGCUCCACUUGACUGGGGUGCACGGAUGAAGAUAGCACUGGGAGCUGCUAGGGGUCUAGCCUAUUUGCAUGAAGAUUCAAGCCCCCGAGUCAUUCAUAGGGACUUCAAGUCUAGCAAUAUCUUGUUGGAACAUGAUUUUACAUCAAAAGUGGCCGAUUUUGGCUUGGCUCGAAGUGCAUUGGAAGAGGAGAACAGACACAUCUGUACACGUGUCAUGGGAACUUUUGGAUAUGUGGCUCCAGAGUAUGCAAUGACCGGUCAUCUUCUCGUGAAGAGUGAUGUUUACAGCUAUGGAGUCGUCCUUCUUGAGCUCCUGAGUGGAAGAAAACCAGUAGACAUGUCUCGGCCACCUGGUCAAGAGAACUUAGUUACAUGGGCACGUCCACUACUCACAAGUAAAGAAGGGAUAGAAUCAAUUGUAGACCUAUCUCUGGGACCUGAUUUCCCUUUUGAUAGUAUUUCCAAAGUAGCUGCUAUUGCUUCAAUGUGUGUGCAACCAGAGGUAUCACACCGGCCUUUUAUGGGUGAGGUUGUUCAGGCCUUGAAACUAGUAUGUAGUGAGAAUGAUGAGACAAAAGCAUUAGGAUCUAGAAGUUGUAGCCACGAGGACAUGUCGAUUGAUAUGGAUGCUACUAGGAUCUGUACCAAUUCAGGCCAGUUGCCCGAUCCUUUACAAACACACUCCCCAUUUUCUAACUAUGAUUUAGAACUUGGUGUUGAGAGGGGACUUUCAAUGCCUGAUUUAUUUGGUACAUCGGCAGGACUUGGGGGGCAGGAACCCGGUUCAUUUAGGAGGUACUCAAGUUCAGGUAUUCUAAAGACUGGAAGGGGCAUGCAGCUUUGGCAGAAAAUGAGGAGAUCGUCCGGGGGCACUGCAAGUGAGCAUGGGGAAAUCUUCAGGUUAUGGCCUGGAUCCUACUAAAUGUUCUCAAAUUCCAUCAAAUAAUUAUGGGAAAAUUACAUUUUAUCAUCUUCAAUCAGGAGCCGUUGUCACUUUACCCCCUUCACUAAAAAUUGCUACGUUUUCCCCCCUUGAUUUUUCAGUUUGUUUCAAUUUUAACCCUCUGUUAAUUUUCUAUUAUGAAAAAGGAUGCAAAAGUGGCAUGUGAGUUGCACACAACAAUUUUAUAACCAAAUUGCCCAUUCAGAAGCUGAUUAUUUACAUAUAUGUGAUAUAUAUAUAUUAUAUCUUUCCAUCUCCUAUGAAGAAAUAUGUGAAAGAAAAUAUAUGGCCAUGACAAUUUUAUGACCAAACAUGAAGAUAUAUGAUGAACAUUUUGGUCAUAAAAUUGGCAUGUACAACUCACAUGCCACUUUUUUAAAAGUUGAGAUUGAAACAAAUCAGAAUAUUAAGGGGGCAAAUUAAGCCAAUUUUAGUUUAGGGGGUAAAGUGAUAAUGGGGCAUAGUAUUGCCCUGGAAUUAACUUUCACAGUCAAAUUCUGAGUGCGAGCUAGCGAACGGGUCACUGAUGCAGACAGGGAUGAGUUGCCAAGGCUUGGAACUGGAAAAGAGGUGAAGUUGGUGGAUGGCUUAACAAUUUUUGCUGUGGUUUGAAAGUGAACAUCAAAUAAGUGUUGAAUGGUACAUGAUGCUAGCAACUUUUUUGAUCAGCUCAAGUCAAUUGAACUUGCUGGCUUGUUCAUAUGAAUAAUAUAUGAUGCUGUGCUAGUUUUUAGGAUUGGAGGCAUAAAGAUUUCUUUGAUCUGGCUGAUCCUUGAUGAGGUGAAAGUUUGUUUUUGUUACUGAAAUGUACAGUAGAUAUAUUUUGUUACCAUUAAGUGCAUAUUUUCUCAAGUAAAUAUUCAAGUGAUAAUGUUGAUCAUCAGUUGUAGAAUUUCUUUA